AGAUCCCUAUCCUAAACAGCUAAAGUAAUCAAAUAGCAAAAGCCCACAGAUUGAAAAAGUUACACUUUCAGUCCCUGAACUUCCGCAGGUGGGUUCCACAAUAAAAGCUAUAAUUAUAAAUUAUAAUUAUGCACUAUGAAAAAAGAUACACCUAUCGCCUUGGCUUGAUCCUAUCCUCCUCCUGAUCUCCACCACCUCCACCUCCAAUGGCAGCCAAUUACGUUAAUUUCUCUCCGUAUAACCGUUAGGAGGCGACCACCACCACCCUCCGCCAUUAAGAUUCCGUCAAGAUCAUACAAAAAAUGGAGAAUAAUUACUCAUAUUCUUCAUAUCCAGACUCCAACACCUCCACUCCUCGCUCCCGGGAAGUCGAUUGCGAAACCGCCUCAUACGACGAACAGCUCGCCAACAACAACCCUAACCCUAACCCUAACAAUAAUGCUUCCAAUUACAAGGUCAAGCUUAUGUGCAGUUAUGGAGGUAAGAUACUGCCACGGCCACAUGAUAAUCAACUCACUUAUAUCGGCGGAGAUACCAAAAUCCUCACCGUGGAUCGUAACAUUAGGUACGCUUUGAUUUUACAAAAACUUGGUUCGCUUUCCGAUUCAACCGAUAUCUGUUUUAAGUACCAAUUGCCCGGGGAAGAUCUUGAUGCGUUGAUCUCGGUUACGAACGAUGAGGAUUUGGAACAUAUGAUGACCGAAUACGAUAGGAUAUUCCGAUCUUCUGUUAAGCCGGUGAGGCUUCGGUUGUUUUUAUUUCCUUUAUCUCCGUCGAGUUACGGUAGCGGCGGCGAAAGUAAGACGGAGCAGCAGUGGUUUGUCGAUGCGUUGAACGCCGUGCAGAUCUCGUCUGCGCAGGCUUCAUCUCCGGCGUCGGAAAAUCCUGAUUUUCUGUUUGGAUUCGAUAAAGGGAAUGCGCCGGUACAGGCUCCGUCAAAGGUGCAGGAUGUCGCGGCCGUUGUCGUGCCACAGGCGAACGUUUCAGAAGGCGCUCGUCCGGAAUCGGAGUGCGGUUCCGAGGAUAGUAAUAGCAACCGUCUCGUGAUCUCCGAUCCGGUUGUGUCACCGACGGUAGAAAUCCAGAGACAGAUUCAGGAAUCUCAAAGGAUGCAGAUUGCCGCUAGUCACGAACAAGCUAUGAAUAUCGACCCCAGGGCUUAUUACGGAGACUAUUACACUCAGAAAAUUCAACCGGCACCGGCGACAGGUCAACCGCGGUACUGGCAAGAACAACGACAUAUGACAACAGGUGGUUACACUAUGUCGGUGGCGGGAACCGACUCUCCAGUUUACCUAAUUCCAUCGUCGAAUGGUGUUUAUUCGUCUCAAGCUCCAUCCCCGGCACCGGCGGCGCCUGCGGGUCAGACACUCCGACCGGCAACAGUUCAGGUGAAUCAAGGUCAGGCGUACUAUGGGAUGCAGAGGAUGGUUAAUCAACCUGAAUUCUACCGGGAACAGCCGAUGUACAGCACAAUGACACAAACUCCAGUUCAACAACAAAAGAUCGGAACAUAUCAAGAAGCAAUCGGAAUGGUGAGACCACAGGCUGAGAUGGGGUAUGGUCAGGUAGGUAUUGACGCCACCGGCCGGCAGGUUUAUUAUACAACAUCGCAGGGAGGAAUGCCCACCUCUUACCAACCGGUGGUUGCCGGCCCUGGUUUGGCCGUUAAUCAAGAGGGUAAGAUGGUUGUGAACCCUAAUAAGGCUCCCUAGAACCCGAAGUACCUGAUUCAUUCCUUGUUUUUAAUUUACUUGAUCUUAUCAUGAUCAUGGAUUCACGGUUAAUAACUAAUAUAUAAUAGGUGUAUGUGCCUGUUGGGUGUGCCUAUAUGUUCUUUGUUUUGCACUUUCUUUGUUGUAUAUACUUUUUUUUUUAUCUAUUUAACUUUGAGAGUUUACUCUUUGCCCGA